AUGACCAUUCCUCCGUCCGAGGCUCCCAAGGAUGCAGACGACAGCAACCCGACACUAACGUUCAAUGUUUCCAAACCUAAACGAAAACGAGUGCCUCUUCCUCUUCCCGCACCUAUUCCACGCCGAAUCCAGACUGAAAAAUGUAUAGCCCGUCUCCCAGAAGAAAUACUAGCACAGAUUUUUGGAUAUAUCAACCAGCAAAGUGACCUCCAUACAUUGUCGUUGUGCUGUCUGUCAUUCAAUAAUGCUUCUACUCGGGUACUCUACAGGUGGCCAAAGUUUAAGAAUACAUUCUCGUGGGCCCAAUUUAUAUUGUCCUUGACUCAGCACAAUACUACUUCAAGAGAAGACGGCUCAUCUUCGCUGGGUUCGCUUGUCCAGGUUUUGGACGUAUCUGCUAUUCUGGGCAUUGCAACACAAGCUCCCGAACGGGUAGUGCCAUAUAUAAAACAAACCUUGGCUACUCGCGUCACUCUUACUCUUGUUCGUUUCGACGCACAAGAUGAUAACGAUAAUACUGCUCCCGUCGCCGCCGCCCACCCCAAUAACAACAACAAUAACAACAAUGGCAACAAUAACAAUAACGAUAAUGAUGAGGACGAAGAAGACAACGAUGCCGCAGCAGCUCAGGAGUUUCAACUAUGGCAGGCAGUGAUGGAGGACGAUAUUGGUCCAAACAUGGCAAUGCCAGUCCAGCAUAAUGUCAUCCACAAUGUUCUUCAUAAUGGGAAUGCUGCUGGUGCGGGAGCAGGAGGAGGUGGUGGAGCAGGAAUCCAAGGUCAGGGAGCUGCGAUGCACUUCAAUAUGAUGCAAAAUCAACCGGCAUACAAUAACAACAACAACAACAAUAAUAAUAAUAAUAAUAAUUUCAACAACAAUAUGAAUAACGGAAACGCUAUCGCAGGUCUCCCCCUCUUUUUGCAACAUGCCUUGCAAAAUAAUAAUCCAGCAUUCGUUAAUGGUCUUGCCCCCUUCAACCACCCCUGGAACCAUCCCAACAAUAACAACAAUCCCAAUAACAACGCACUACCCAUAAAUGUCUUCCAACUCAACCAGCACCACAUGCAAUUACAACAUGCAGCACAACAAGCCCAAAACCGUGCCCGUGUAAUUCGACCAACCCCAAAACCACUCCUAACUAAUCCACGUAUCCAGAUCUCAUCAUCGUCACUCAAGGACUUGGCCGAGAAGUGUACGGAUUUACUUGUCUUGAAUUUGGCCAACUCUACUAUAUUCUCCGACACGUACUUGCCACAAAUCAAUGCAUACUUGUCUAGACUCCCAUAUACCCCCGAAGAGCAUUUGACAAGGAUUCACAUAUCGGUGUUUGAUGCCAUCAAGUCGGUCGUGUUAGGAUGUAAGAAACUUGUAUCGUUGGAUUUCAGAGGGUCUGAAGAGCUUACUGAUGAGAUGGUUUUGUGGAUGCUUGAUAAUGCGGUGUCUCUGAAGGCCUUGAACCUGGGAAAGUGUCCAAAGGUUAAAGCCAGUGCUGCCAAACUAUUCUUUGUCGAUGAACCAGCAUUGCUGAAACCACUUGUCGUCGCCGCUCUAGCUUGA